AUGAUGUCAAAGUGCCCCCUUGCUGCUCUGGGGCGAGUUGGCUUGGCAAUACAUGGUGAAGAGGCCUGGCACCAGUCCACGCCCCGAGUAUUGCCACCUUCCGCCCCCUCGUCCUGUUAUUUGACACCAAAUCCUAAUCCAGCCCUUGCCCAACUUCCUGCUCCAGGUGCUGCUACGACUCUGGGGGCUGUAGCCUGCGGGCAGCCUCGAAUGUCCAGUCGGAUCAUAGGGGGCCGGGAUGCCCGGGAUGGCGAGUGGCCGUGGCAGGCAAGCAUCCAGCAUCAUGGGGUACAUGUGUGUGGAGGUUCACUCAUCGCCCCACAGUGGGUCCUCACAGCUGCCCACUGCUUCCCAAGGUGGGCAAUGCCGUCUGAGUACCAUGUGCGUCUCGGAGGGCUGCACCUGGGCCCGUGGGUGCCGAGCGCCAUCUUAGCUCCUGUGCGCCGGAUACUGCUGCCCCCCAACUUUUCCGAGGAUGAGGGUCGUGGGGACCUGGCCCUGCUGCAGCUGCGCCGCCCAGUGGUCCUCAGUACUCGCGUGCAGCCCGUCUGCCUGCCACAGCGCGGGGCCCGCCUGCCCUCCGGCACCCCGUGCUGGGUCACUGGCUGGGGCAGCCUGCACCCUGGAGUACCCUUUCCAGAAUGGCGGCCUCUGCAGGAAGCGAAGGUGCCACUGCUGGACGCGCGCAGUUGUGACCGCCUCUACCACUUGGGCACAAAUGUGCCCAAGGCUGAGCGCAUAGUGCUGGCUGAGAACCUGUGUGCUGGUUACAUGGACGGCCACAAGGAUGCCUGUCAGGGUGACUCUGGGGGACCCCUGACCUGCAUGAAGUCUGGGCGCUGGGUGCUGGUGGGAGUGGUGAGCUGGGGCAAGGGCUGUGGCGUGCCCAACCGCCCCGGAGUCUAUACCAAUGUAGCCACCUACAGCCCCUGGAUUCAGGCUCACAUUGGGCUCUGAUGCAGGGACACAGGCCAAAUGAGGGCCUGGUGUCCCUACUCAGCCCAUCUGGGAACCCCUAUAGCCCUAAAUCCUGCCUUUUCUGAGUAAAUCAGUAUCUCUCCCCCAC